GCUUGAUUUUACUGGUUGGUUUGGCGGCGCUACAAGCUCCACCCCCCCCCCCUCUCACGACGUCACGUUCUUCCGUUCCGACGUUCUGCCCGUGCGCGUAGACACGUAUAAGAGGAGGUGGCCGGUACGGUUCGAUCGUCGUUCGUACCACGCGGUCCUUCUCGUUCGCUUCUCUCCUCUCACUUCCCAACCUUUUUUUUUCUUUCCCGACUUGUUCAUUCAAAAUUCUUAUUCACGUUUUCUUUAUUUUUCUAAAAAUUUGUUGUUGCGACAAAUUGCGGGUACGUUGAUCCGGAAUUUGUUGUUUUGGAGUCUUGUUUUCAUCACUGGCCGAUCCCGACGACCGACCGAUCGACGAGCGGCGACAAUUCGUUCACGCGUACCUUCGAGUUUCUUUGUUCUCGGUGGAGUUGAUUUGCAGGAACGGAUCGUAUUGCCCAACAACCAGAACCCAAGGACAAUUAGACGAAACAUCGAGACGGGCUACUCCUUUUCUCCUUGUUUUGCUGAGUCUUGCUGAAUUCCACCGGCCAUCCAUCCGAGACCUGCUGGUUGCAACUCCUCCGAGACCCCGUGGGGUGUUUCUGAAAGAGAGAGGAUUCGUCUUAUCUUUUGUCCAAGACAAUAUAAUACAAAAAAAAGGAAAGGGAGACAACAACAUCCUGCCGUGGAGCCGCUUACCCAAACCACCGUUGUUCUGAACCCGCCAUGGGUUUGCUGAUUUGGCCGUUGAAUCCAGUUGUUGAACCGCGACUCCUACCGACGAGCGAUCCUACCCUGCUCCGCAUCAGUCGUGUUUCUUCUUCUACAUCCUCCAGCACAUUUACUUCUUCACUAAACACCACUCUCCCGUCCGCUUCCGCCGCAGUCUUGUUAUUUGUUUCACCCACGACCACCACUUCGUAGUCAAUCGCGCCAUCUGUUGACACAAUCCAGUCGGCAGUUUUUUGGGUUCCCUUUUCUAUUUACUUGGUUCUUUUGGAAAAACCAGAGUUUAUCCCCCAAGCAGCCAGCCAGCCAGCCACCCUUUGAGAACAAGGGAAUCGUUCUCUCUCAGAGGAAAAGAGAUAAGAGAGAUAAAAGAAGAAGAACCUUCUUGAAGUUACAGCCGAUCCGGUAGAAACCAGAUCUUCUAGGUAUCAACUAUUCCUACAUUAGGGAUAGAAAAAGAAGAAAAAUAUUUGGACUUUGGGAAGUUUAAAUCCUCCUUUUUUGCUCACCCCAUUCAUCAGUUGACGUUGGGAAACGCUCCUUGACGAAUAUCCUUUGACGAAAGAAGAGACGAUCGCUGUGAUAGUUGAAGAAGGAACAAGAUUCAACUUGUUUUUAAAAAGAAUUGUGAUUAAACCUUUUUGAAAAGGAAGGAAAAAUUUGAUCAAGAAAAUGUCCUCCGUUACCACGAUGGUUACCGAAGCAGUGACUGAAAUGAUGUCAAACGUCGGCAAUGCCGACGUCCCGUACGCCAGCGAACUUGUUUGGAUUGUCGUCGUCGCCUUUAUCGUUUCGUUUGUCUUGGCCUUUGGCGUCGGUGCCAAUGAUGUGGCAAAUAGUUUCGGUACCUCCGUUGGUGCCAAAGUCCUCACCAUUCGACAGGCCUGCAUUCUGGCCACCAUCUUUGAAAUUGCCGGAGCUGUCCUUAUCGGUUACAAAGUGUCGGACACGAUGCGUAAAGGCAUCAUCGACCCGAGCAUUUACAACAAUUCCAAUUCGGAACUGAUGAUGGGCAAUUUGGCCGCUCUCGGUGGAAGCGCCGUCUGGCUGAUAAUAGCCACUUUCCUCAAGUUGCCAAUUUCUGGUACGCACAGCAUCGUGGGAGCCACAAUUGGUUUCUCGCUGGUCGCCAAGGGAACCCAGGGCGUUCAGUGGGCCAAAUUGGGUCAAAUUGUUGCCUCCUGGUUUGUCUCGCCCGUCUUGUCUGGACUCAUGUCUUCCGCUCUCUUCUUGGCCAUCCGCAAAUUGAUUCUGCGCAAACCUGCUCCACUCGAAUACGGACUCAGAGCUCUGCCCAUCUUCUACGCAUUGACUCUGGGCAUCAACAUCUUCUCCAUCGUUCUCGACGGGCCCAGUUUGCUGUACUUUGACCGCAUCCCCUGGUGGGGCACCAUCAUCCUGAGCAGUAUCAUCGGUCUAGUGGCUGGACUUGUCGUCCAGUUGGUCAUUGUGCCGAGACUGCGUCGCUCCAUCACCGAAGGGCAUCGCACGGAAGAGGCCACACGAGCGAAAUUUGCUUUCGGCGGAGACAGUGGUCCUGGAUCGGCUGUUUCAUCGGCUAACAUCACGCCGGAAGAGUCUCGCAAUGCGUCGAUGGAUAACAUCCCGUACAACGGGGUCAACGCCCGUACCGUCAACACGGAAUUGGAGCCCGUCAACACGCUCCACUCCCGGCAAGCGGGCAAACAACGAAAACCGACCGAGACCACCAAGCCGAUGCGUUUCGGAUUCCGCAAGUCGCAACCCAAAACCAUUUCACUGGCCGGCGAAGAAAGUCCGUUCAUAGCCGAAACCCGGUUGGAUAACCAAGGCAACAAGGGCCAGCCAAACAGCGAACAACCGACACCCAUCCACGGUCUGUCGCCUUGCAGCAGCGCCGUCCCGCUCAUCAACGCCGCUGGAGUCCCUCACCCCACCAUUGUCAGGAAGACGAUGGAUGUGGAGAAUCCACCAUCCAUCAACGUGACGUCCACUUUGGCUUCGGCUGCCGUCGACGAUCCUCCAGAGGUGGUCCGAUUGUUUUCAUUCCUGCAGAUCAUGACGGCCUCGUUCGGUGCUUUCGCUCACGGUGGAAAUGACGUCAGCAACGCCAUCGGGCCCUUGGUGGCCAUUUGGCUCAUCUUCACCGAAGGCAACGUCGAACAGAAAUCGGAAACGCCACUUUACAUUCUGCUCUUUGGAGGCGUCGGCAUUACCAUCGGCCUGUGGGUUUGGGGUCGACGAGUCAUCAAAACGGUCGGAGAAGAUUUGACCAAGUUGACGUCUUCGAGCGGCUUCACCAUCGAAAUCGGCGCAGCAUUCACCGUCCUGGUGGCCAGCAAGAUCGGCGUGCCCAUCAGCACGACUCACUGCAAAGUCGGAUCAGUCGUCUUUGUCGGCUGGGCUCAGACAUCACGCGGUGGCGUCGACUGGGCUCUCUUCCGCAAUAUCAUCUUCGCCUGGGCCGUGACAGUGCCCAUUGCCGGGGGUUUGAGUGCCGCCAUCAUGGCUAUUUUCCAAGCCUGCAAUCUCUUCUGAUGAUGAUAUGCCCUGCAACUUUUGUGCGUUGUCGGCGCCUAUAAGAGAGAAAUGAAGGGCUAAGUGCAUUGUGUUUUUCGCUCUCUUUUAAUCUAUUCGCUCUAAAAGUAGAAGACUUUCGGGCUGUUUUGUACAUAACGACCUGAAAUAUCUUCCAAGAUUGUAACCAUCUGUUUUGUGAGUUAUGGCACCCUUUCAUCCAAUUUUGUUUUUUAUUAAGUUCUCUUCUCAAUGAAUACCCUCCUUUUUCUAAAUGUUUGGUUUCCUACAGUUUGAAAUAUUAAAAAGUAAAAAAAAAAAAGUAAAAAAAAAAAUCAAAUAGUUUAACUUGUUUACAUACCUUAUCAAAUAGUUCACCAUUUAAUGUUUUUGUGCAUCUGUUUAACUUUCUCUCUUUAUAUAUCUCUCUGGUAUAUAUUCCACGAUCGUGCCCUGGUUUCGGUUGAAUAAUUUGUGUGGCGAUCGAGUUGUAGCCUCUUAAGAGUUUAAAGCGCGCAUAUAUUGAUUAGCGACACCUAUCAUAUUCUCAAUAAUAUUCUCUAUUAUCUAUAUUAUGUUAUUACCCCAUAUAUUUUUCAGCCCAAUCAUUUUCUCCUACAACUUCAGCUAUAUAUGUUCACUUUGCCUCACAACCAUCUACUGCUGCUACUCUUGCUGCAUCCCUGCAUCCCCCCCCCCACAAACAAAAUCAUUUGAUUAUUUCUUUUCCUUUUUUUUUGUUUAAGUUGCUCAUGAUUCGUUUCUCCCAUUAACAGUACUUUUGAAAUACUUACAAUGUUGCAAUCGCAAUCCCUCCACUCUAAAAAAAACAUUAAAUGAUGAACUUAUUAUCUUUGCCUAUCUUAUUAUUUUUUAAAUUGUUAUUCCUUUCUGACAGUGCCAUCAAUUUUUCAUCGCAGCAUUGUAUCAGUGCUAUUCGCCUACUGUAUUAGGGCUCACCAAACAAACAAUACACACAAGGCAUUUGAA